AUGGGGACAGAUGAGCAAGAACAGCAAUAUGAGAGAUCUAGUAACAGCAAAGAUCCAGUAACAGCAACUCUGAAACUGAAACAGACCUGUCCUCGAAUUAAUAAAGAUCCGGUGCCUUACAUCCAUGCUGAGCCCCUCCCAUCCAACAUCCUUGCUUGGUUCAAACGCAAUAGGAGGCUGUCUUUCCAUCUUGGAUUUGCACCCAGACACAUGGAACCUGGUCCAGGAGUUACCACCACCCUCACUGGGCCCCUUAAGCUUCCCAGUACAGAGACGCAGGGCUUCAAGAGUGGACAACUGGAGACACAAAGUUUAGUAUUUAACUUAAAAGACAAAGUCAUGGAGGAAAUAAAAGAAAAACAGAAAACACAAGAUGAACUCAGUAGCAUUGGGAAGACUGUUCCCUUUCCAGACGUGGCUCCAGACGGGGAGAUGCCCGGUGGCCGGAUGCACUUGGGCUUCUCUGUGCCAGCGCCGCCCGGUGGAACCUCUCAGGGUUCCAAGGCCAAGCUGCCCCAGGGACCUGAGAGUGGCGCUGUGGUGACCUUGCUUGCUGUAGUUGGGUUUGCAGCUUUCGCCUGCACCAUAGAGUGCUUCCUGCGGUAUGUCACACAAGAGGGAGCCCACAGGCCCCUCGAUCUGAAGAGGUAG